GGUAUUGUUUUCAAGUGCACAUGUUGUGUGACCUUGGAUUUGUUUUAAUGUGUGUGCGCGACGAUCAGCGUUCGUUUGCACUCGGUAUACAGUGGAUAAAAGUGCGGCUUUUCGGCACUAUACCAGCGCCAAUGAUUUUCGGCAAGCUCAUUGAUGAUUCAUGCAUUCUUUGGCAGGAGACUUGCGAUGAAGAUGGCAGCGGUGUGGGGGCUUGCUUGGUCUACGACAACUACAACAUGAGCAAGUAUAUGUGGCUGCUAGCACUGGUUGGCAAAACGCUGUCUGUUAUAUUUUUCUUUGGCGCACUGUGGUUUUACAUACCACCAAAAAAGUCAGCAAUUAACAGCGAUAACUCACAGACUGUAAACAACAGUGCCGACAUAACGAAAGUGGCCACGGUCGAGGCCAAAUGAAUGAAAAAUAGUUGAACACAUCCCCAUGCUUACAUACUCGUGUGCAUAUGCGAGCGCAUACAUACAAGUUCGUUUAUUUAUACAUAUAAGUGUGUGUGCUCGUGUUUAGAAGGAAUACUCAAAACAAAAACGUAAAAGCAGUUUCUACUCGCAUUCUGCCCGCUCACCGAAUCUGGAAAUGUAAACAAAAACGAAAGCGCAUCAAAACAGUUCGGUGGUUCGCCAUUUCGGCAUAAGCAAACACACACACUCGCUUUACACGUGCAGUCGACUUAUAUGUAUGUGCUGUCAGCUGAUUACAGUCACGGCUAUCAUAAAGGCUUCGGUAUUUAUAUAUUUUAGUAUGUACUCUUUAGAUUUCCUAUAAUGUUAAGAGCAAGCGUAACUGUAACAGUAGUUUUCUAAUAUUUGUAUAAUCAAUAAAUAUUUGUGGAAAAUAAUUAUGUAAUUGUUUAUCAAUUUGAAACUUGUACUGUGAAUGUGUUAAAAAAACAUUGAGACCAACAGCUGUGUCUAAGUAUGUAUAAAGUUUUAAACAAAAAACUCUCCCAACAGUUGAAAACAUAGAAGACCUUGUCCUCAGCAGUAAAGGAAAUUCGUCCUUACUCUCAAUCUUACAACAUACCGACUAGGUUAGGUUGAUGACCCCUCAACAAAGCAGGGUUCACACUUAAGACUAUUAUGUAUAGCCCUUUAUGAGUAUAUUAUGGUUAUUUUCUCGAUGUUGGAUUUCCACUAGACCUUCCUAUCUAGGAUUAGUUCUAGGUGCUGAACACUGCCAGUAGGCCGUACACACGUUUCACCCAUCUCCCAUCGUAAAUGAGAACCUUGGUUUUUGUACUUCCUAGAGAAUAAAACCAGUUCGUUCUUGCUAAGGUUAAUGGAGAGGCCAUUUUCAGCAGCCCAGUUUCUCACGAUGAUAAGGCAGCCCUUUGUUAGCUAGUACACGGUAUUGAGAAAUUUUUCUUCAAAAAUAAGAUUUACGCCGUCCAGGUAGGCAAUCACCCAGCGACCGACUUCCUCAAGUCUUUCCAGAAAAUCUUUGACGAACCAUGAUCCAGAAAAGUUGCAAGAGAACUUCUCAUGGACACCCUACAUUUUACGUGGUUCGCGUACUACCCCAUUGCGCCGCGAUCGUUCUAUCGCAUAUAAAUUUGAAGAUGAGAUGCUUAAAGUUCUAUUCAAGACCAAAUUUAUUCAAAGCUCUCAUGAAUGCUUAAUACGUUUUUGAAUGUCCCCUCGACAUCGAGGAAGGUCCCCACUGCAAACUCUUUGUUCAUUAUGGUCCUAUCGUACCAAGUGACAAGCGUAUGCAAGAGGUCACUGACAUGUCUUUGUAAUAUUCAUGCUAUGCACUUCAAAGUCGAUUUUUUUCAAAUUCUUCCUCUUACAUAAGGACAGAUCAAUCAGACUCUCUUUUAACUUUUCCAUAGGAAAUAGGAGAGACUAAUGGGUCUAUAAUCCUCGGCCGAUAUAUGCGAUCUCUUGCCGGAUUUCAGGAUGAACGAAACCCAAACCUCUCUAUGCUAGAGGAAUGUAUCCAAUCUAGUGCACUUCACAAACAUAUUGACAACAGAAUAAUAUAAUAAAAAGUUAUGAUAGUUAAUCGUUUCGCAAAAAAUAUGUCUCUCUAUUAAAACUGUAUUGGUAGACUCUCCGUAGCACCCCUUUUCUAGGUGACAGAAAACCAUUAUUACAGAAACAGUAUGUUGAGAAGCUAUUGUUGUUGCAGUGAAAAUCUAGAGCCUGAUUGGGGGACAGCGCUAAAUUAAACUCAAGUCACUAAACGUAAGGUCCAGAAAACGAAUUGUUUUCAAGAGGUGGAAACGAACGGACGGCGACGAAUAAGGAAAGCGGUCAUAGUUGGUUCUGUGAGACGUGCAAA